UCCCUGCCUGGCACUGCCCAGUGACAACCUGUGGUCACCAUCAGGCUGGGGCAUUCUGGGCUUUGCCCUGCCCUGGGGAAGGACACGGGAGGGUCCCAGCAGGGAUGAUGACUCAGUGCCAGUGGAGGGGGGAAGGUUUGCCAGCCCUUUGCUGCUUCUUGUUUCUUUCAUCUUCCCACUCUGUGUCUCCAUUUCCACCCACCUCCAGCCACUGCACACUGGGGCAGCUGGGUUUGGGGGGAAGCUGGAGGCUCCGGGAGCUGCAGGUGACGAAUCUAUUUUCCGUGUUGUAUUUUUCCUCCCUUUCUUCUGGAGAUCCACCACUGCCUCUGAGGCUACUAACAGGAGGGGCCAGGAGCCUGGAGGAGCUUUCUACACGGCGGCCCCACUCACAUCAGCUGGGAUCCUGCCAGUCAUGCAGUCCCUGUGCCCUGACGGUCAGCGUGAUGAGUUUGGCUUCCUGCAGUACUCCAACUCCACGGUGACACAGAUUCUGGAGCACCUCAGCGAGGCAGUAGAGCAAAGCAGCCUCUUCGACCCGCAGCACCCAGGACUGGAGGAGGAGCUGGAGUCGCUGCGCCGACACCUGGAGGCCCUCAGCAGCCCUGAGCCCAGCUCCAUGGAGACCCACUUCAGCAGCCAAACAGGGUCCAGCUUCACACUGGCAUGGGCAGCGAAAGACCAGGGUGAGCUGCGGCGCUUCCUGAUGCAGAAUCUGUCCCUCCCCAACAGCACGGCUGAGCUGCUCCUGGGCUCCAGUAUUGACCUGCGGGAGGUGUACCGGCAGUUUUUUGAUUCCUUUCCUUUGGUACCUGAUGAGACCCAUGAGCGAGAUCUGUGGGAUGGAUUUGGCCCCAGCAAGAAGAUGACACAGCUGGAGAAGAACUUCCCCAGUGGCUGGAGGAGCCUGCAGGAAGGGCUGGUUCACAGGGUGCUGCAGGACCCAGUGGCAGCCCCACACCAGCCAGCACUGCUCCGCAUGCUCUCCCGGGCUCUGGGCCUCACCAGCACUGCUGUGGCACCUGCCAUGUCUGAUAGCCCCCAAGCCUUCAUCACCGAGAUGGAGAACGUCCUCUUCACUGGGCCAGUGCUGGAGCAGCUGACAUGUGAGCAGCACCCAGGGGAACUGCACCGCCUCCUGCAUGUGUCUCCCAGGCAGCAGCCGCUGCUGGUGGCAUACCGGGCACUGGCCUGCAAUGGCAGCCGAGUCACCCGCAAGGAGCGCUUUGCCCAGCUGGCCUCUAAGCUCCAGGAGCAGCUGGACACCCCCAAGAUCGUCAGCAGGCUGAAGCUGGAGGAAGUGAACAGCACAGCCACGCAGCACCGCCUCCGGGCCCUCCUUGAGGACCUGGUGGAGAUGGAGAAGGUUCUCCGAGAUAUGGACAUCCUCUCAGCACUGGCUAAGCUGCUGCCCAGGGGAGCUUGUGUCAGCAAGGCCCCACCACCCACGGCCAACAGCACCAGCUGGGCCAGCGCCAAUGUCACAACUGGCAAUGCCACAGCAGAGGAGGAAGAGAGCACCAGGGAGGGCCCAUCCAGUAUCGACAACCCCCAGGGGCAGUUUUCAGCAUUUGUGCAGCUCUGGGCGGGGCUGCAGCCCAUCCUCUGUGGCAACAACCGGACCAUCGAGCCUGAAGCAUUGAAGCAGGGCAACAUGAGCUCGCUGGGCUUCACCAGCAAGGAGCAGCGGAACUUGGGCCUCCUUGUGCACCUGAUGACCAGCAACCCCAAAAUCCUGUAUGCACCUGUGGGCACCGAAGUUGACAAGGUCAUCCUGAAGGCCAAUGAGACCUUUGCCUUUGUGGGCAACGUCACCCACUACGCCAAGGCAUGGCUGAACAUCUCCCCUGAGAUCCGAGCCUACCUGGAGGAAGGCAGGCUGCAGAGGCGCAUCUACUGGCUCCAGCAGUUGACUGCUGACCUCCACAAGCACCCAGAGAUCCUGAAUGUCUCCGAUAGUGACGUUCUCCACCACUUUCUCAACGGUAGCUUCUCUCUGCCCAAUGCCAGCAUCCUGCUCCAGCAGCUGGAUACCAUUGACAAUGCGGCCUGCAGCUGGAUCCGCUUCAUGGCCAAGGUCAGCGUGGACAUCUUCAAAGGCUUCCCAGAUGAGGAGAGCAUUGUUAACUACACGCUGAACCAGGCCUACCAGGACAAUGUCACGGUCUUUGCCAGCGUCAUCUUCCAGACCAACAGGGAUGGCUCAUUGCCCCCCCAUGUCAUGUACAAGAUCCGUCAGAAUUCCAGCUUCACAGAGAAGACCAACGAGAUCCGGCGGGCAUACUGGCGGCCUGGCCCCAACACUGGCGGCCGCUUCUACUUCCUCUAUGGCUUCGUCUGGAUCCAGGACAUGAUGGAGCGUGCUCUCAUCAACACAUUCGUUGGCCAUGACGUGGUGGAGCCUGGCAACUAUGUACAGAUGUUCCCAUACCCAUGUUAUACCCGGGAUGACUUUCUCUUUGUCAUCGAGCACAUGAUGCCCCUAUGCAUGGUGAUCUCCUGGGUCUACUCAGUGGCCAUGAUGAUCCAGCACAUUGUGACAGAGAAGGAGCAUCGCCUGAAAGAGGUGAUGAAGAUGAUGGGCCUGAACAAUGCGGUGCACUGGGUGGCUUGGUUCAUCACUGGCUUUGUGCAGCUCUCCAUCUCGGUCACGGCACUCACUGCCAUUCUCAAGUACGGCAAGGUCCUGAUGCACAGCGACGUCCUCAUCAUAUGGCUCUUCCUUGCCAUCUAUGCUGUGGCCACCAUCAUGUUCUGCUUUCUGGUAUCGGUGCUCUACUCCAAGGCCAAGCUGGCCUCUGCCUGUGGCGGCAUCAUCUACUUUCUCAGCUAUGUGCCCUACAUGUAUGUGGCCAUCCGGGAGGAGGUGGCACAUGACAAGAUCACAGCCUUUGAGAAGUGCAUUGCGUCCCUCAUGUCCACCACGGCCUUUGGCUUGGGCUCCAAGUACUUUGCGCUGUAUGAGGUGGCUGGCGUGGGUAUCCAGUGGCACACCUUCAGCCAGUCACCCGUGGAAGGAGAUGACUUCAACCUCCUGCUUUCCAUGAUGAUGCUCGUCGUGGAUGCCAUGGUGUAUGGGGUGCUCACGUGGUACAUCGAGGCCGUGCACCCGGGCAUGUUCGGCCUGCCACGGCCCUGGUACUUCCCUUUCCAGAAGUCUUACUGGCUGGGCAAUGGGCGUGUGGAGACCUGGGAGUGGACCUGGCCAUGGUCACGCACCACCCGCCUCAGCAUCAUGGAGGAGGAUCAGGCCUGUGCCAUGGAGAGCCGGAGGCUGGCAGAGGAGACAAGGGGCAUUGAGGAGGAGCCAACACACCUCCCCUUGGUUGUCUGCAUCGACAAGCUCACCAAAGUCUACAAGACAGACAAGAAGCUGGCACUAAACAAGCUGAGCCUCAACCUCUACGAGAACCAGGUUGUGUCCUUCCUGGGGCACAACGGUGCAGGCAAGACUACCACCAUGUCCAUCCUCACUGGCUUGUUCCCUCCAACAUCGGGCUCUGCUACCAUCUAUGGCCAUGAUAUCCGUACAGAGAUGGACAAGAUCCGGAAGAACCUGGGCAUGUGUCCCCAGCACAAUGUGCUCUUUGACAGGCUGACGGUGGAGGAGCAUCUCUGGUUCUACUCGCAGCUCAAGAGCAUGGCAGAGGAGGAGAUCCGCAAGGAGAUGGACAAGAUGAUUGAGGAUCUGGAACUCUCCAACAAACGGCACUGCCAGGUGCAGACUCUCUCAGGUGGCAUGAAGAGGAAGCUGUCAGUGGCCAUUGCCUUUGUGGGUGGGUCGCGGGCUGUUAUCUUGGAUGAACCCACAGCUGGUGUAGACCCAUAUGCCCGAAGGGCCAUCUGGGACCUCAUCCUCAAGUACAAGCCAGGGAGGACCAUCUUGCUUUCCACACACCACAUGGAUGAGGCUGACCUGCUGGGGGACCGCAUCGCCAUCAUCUCCCAUGGCAAGCUCAAGUGCUGUGGUUCCCCGUUGUUCCUCAAGAGCACCUAUGGUGACGGCUACAGGCUGACAGUGGUGAAGAAGCAGUCAGACACCAGGAAUGGCACAGAGCCAGGCCAGCCACACAGCCCCCUGGGCCACUCAUCUGUCAGCCCCUGCUCUGAGCCUCGUGUCUCCCAGUUCAUCAAGAAGUACGUGGCCUCCUGCCUCCUCAUCUCAGACACCAACACAGAGCUCUCCUACAUCCUGCCCAGUGAGGCCGUCAAGAAAGGCUGCUUUGAGAGGCUCUUCCAGCACUUGGAGCAGAGCCUGGAAGAGCUGGACCUCACCAGUUUUGGGCUGAUGGACACCACACUGGAGGAGGUCUUCCUGAAGGUGUCUGAGGAGGACCAGUCUCUGGAGAACAGUGACGUGGACGUGAAGGAGUCCAAGGAUGCCCUGCAGCCACCCGCCUCUGAGCUGAGCCCAAAGUCUGAAGCCAACAGAGAGCCCCUGCCCGAAGCAGCCAUGCCAGAGAAGCCCGAGGUGGAGCUCAGCAACCUGGUGACCUGCUCCAAGCUGGCGCAGUCGCAGGCAUCCCUGCGCUCAGCGUCCUCGGUGGGCUCCGUGCGCGGCGAUGAAGGUGGGGCUUAUUCCGAAUUCUUUGGGGAUUACGCGCCCCUGUUCGAUAACCAGCAGGACCCCGAUAACAUCAGUCUGCAAGAGCAAGAAGCAGAGGUGGAAGCAGAGGAUUGUGACCUGGCAGGUCAGGGGAGCUUCAAGCUGGAAGGCUCGUGGCUGAAGCUGCGCCAGUUCCAUGGGCUGAUAGUCAAACGCUUCCACUGCGCCAAGCGCAACACCAAGGCCCUCUUCUCACAGAUCCUCCUGCCCGCCUUUUUCGUCUGUGUGGCCAUGACUGUGGCGCUCUCCGUGCCUGAAAUAGGUGAUCUGCCACCCCUCAUCCUCUCGCCAUCCCAGUACCACAACUACACCCAGCCUAAGGGCAACUUCAUUCCAUACGCCAACGAGGAACGGCAUGAGUACCGCAUUAGGCUGUCUCCCGAUGCCAGCCCUCAGCAGCUGGUGAACACUUUCCAUCUGCCCUCUGGUGUGGGGGCCACCUGCGUGUUAAAGACACCCUUCAACAACACGCUGGACCAGCCCAUGCAGACCCUCAACCUCAACAGCAAUGAGUCCAAAAUGCUGGCAGCCAAGUACUUUGAUGCCAUGUGCAUCGACUCCUUCACCCAGGGCCUUCCACUUUCCAACUUUGUGCCGCCACCUCCAUCCCCGGCUCCCUCUGACUACCCCAUGUCACUGGAUGAGGACCUGCUCCAUGCUUGGAACUCCACAACCUUCUCCACUGUUAAAGGGACUGUGACCUCAGCCCCUGCCCUGCCCCGCAUCAUCCAUGAGCCCAUCAAGUGCACGUGCUCCAUGCAGGGGACUGGCUUCUCCUGUCCUAGUGGCGUGGGGGGCCAUCCCCCGCAGAUGAAGGUGGUGACAGGGGACAUCCUGACAGACAUCACAGGGCGCAACGUCUCUGAGUAUCUGCUCUACACCUCGGAUCGCUUCCGGCUGCACAGGUAUGGGGCACUUACAUUUGGAAAUGUCCAGAAAUCCAUCCCGGCCUCCUUUGGAGCCAGGGCUCCGGCCACAGUGCGCAAGAUUGCUGUGCGGAGAACGGCCCAGGUCUUCUACAACAACAAAGGCUACCACAGCAUGCCCACAUACCUCAAUGCCCUCAACAAUGCCAUCCUGAGAGCCAACCUGCCCAAGAGCAAGGGCAACCCUGCUGCCUAUGGCAUCACAGUCACCAAUCACCCCAUGAACAAAACGAGUGCCAGCCUGUCCCUGGAUUACCUCCUGCAAGGCACAGAUGUGGUGAUUGCCAUCUUCAUCAUUGUGGCCAUGUCCUUUGUCCCAGCCAGCUUUGUUGUAUUCCUGGUGGCCGAAAAGGCCACCAAGGCCAAACACUUGCAGUUUGUGAGUGGCUGUGACCCCGUCAUCUACUGGUUGGCCAACUACAUGUGGGACAUGCUAAACUACCUGGUGCCAGCCACAUGCUGCAUCAUCAUCCUGUUUGUGUUUGACCUCCCAGCAUAUACCUCUCCCACCAACUUCCCUGCUGUCCUCUCCCUCUUCCUGCUUUAUGGCUGGUCCAUCACCCCUAUUAUGUACCCGGCCUCCUUCUGGUUUGAGGUGCCCAGCUCCGCUUAUGUCUUCCUUAUCGUCAUCAACCUCUUCAUUGGCAUCACAGCCACUGUCGCCACGUUCCUGCUGCAGCUCUUUGAGCACGACAAGGAUUUGAAGGUGGUGAACAGCUACCUGAAGAGCUGCUUCCUUGUGUUCCCUAACUACAACCUGGGCCAUGGCCUGAUGGAGAUGGCCUACAAUGAAUACAUCAAUGAGUACUAUGCCAAGAUUGGGCAGUUUGAUAAAAUGAAAUCACCCUUUGAAUGGGACAUCGUGACACGGGGGCUUGUUGCCAUGACCAUUGAAGGCUUUGUUGGCUUCUUCAUCACCAUCAUGUGCCAGUACAACUUCUUCCGGAAGCCCCAGCGCCUGCCUGUCUCCACUAAACCCAUUGAAGAUGACGUUGAUGUGGCCAAUGAGAGGCACCGGGUCCUGCGUGGUGAUGCCGACAAUGACAUGCUAAAGAUCGAGAACCUAACAAAGGUGUACAAGUCUCGUAAGAUUGGGCGCAUCCUGGCUGUGGACCGGCUGUGUGUGGGUGUGCGCCCUGGGGAAUGCUUUGGGCUGCUGGGUGUCAACGGUGCAGGCAAGACCACAACAUUCAAGAUGCUGACAGGGGAUGAGAGCACCACAGGUGGAGAGGCCUUCAUUAAUGGACACAGCAUCCUGAAGGAGCUCCUGCAGGUCCAGCAGAGCUUGGGCUACUGCCCCCAGUUCGACGCGCUCUUUGAUGAGCUGACAGCCCAGGAGCACCUGGAGCUCUACACCCGCCUGCGUGGCAUCCCCUGGAAGGAUGAGGAGCGGGUGGUCAAGUGGGCACUGAAGAAGCUGGAGUUGACCAAGUACGCAGACAAGCCCGCCAGCACCUACAGCGGGGGCAACAAGAGGAAGCUAUCCACAGCCAUCGCACUCAUCGGAUACCCAGCCUUCAUCUUCCUGGAUGAGCCAACCACAGGGAUGGACCCCAAGGCACGGCGCUUCCUCUGGAACCUCAUCCUGGAUGUCAUCAAAACUGGUCGCUCCGUGGUGCUCACGUCUCACAGCAUGGAGGAGUGUGAGGCCCUCUGCACCCGCCUGGCCAUCAUGGUGAAUGGGCGGCUCAAGUGUCUCGGCAGCAUUCAGCACCUGAAGAACAGGUUUGGUGAUGGCUACAUGAUCACAGUGCGCACCAAGUCCAGCCUCAAUGUCAAGGAGGUGGUGAGGUUCUUCAACCGUAACUUCCCUGAAGCUGUCCUCAAGGAGCGUCAUCACACCAAGGCCCAGUACCAGCUGAAAUCGGACCAGAUCUCACUGGCACAAGUUUUCAGCAAGAUGGAGCAGGUGGUGGAUGUGCUGGGCAUUGAAGACUACUCUGUCAGCCAAACCACACUGGACAAUGUGUUUGUGAAUUUUGCCAAGAAGCAAAGCGACAACCUGGAGCAGCAGGAGACUAGCCCCAGCUGUGUCCUGCAGUCACCCCUGGAGCGCGUGCUGAGCCUGCUGCGCCCCCGCACUGUCCCCACUGAGCUGCGGGCCCUUGUGGUGGAGGAGCAGGAGGACCUGGAGACUGACGACGAAGGCCUCAUCAGCUUUGAGGAGGAGAGGGCUCAACUCUCCUUCAACACGGAUACGCUGUGCUGAGACCCCAGGGACAACCAUGUUGUCAAGCCACCAAACCCUUUUGGCGUCUCCCCUCCC